AUGGUGAAGGAGGACAUGCGUGGACUCCACAACUUUAUCACCGAUGUGCGCGCUUGCAAGUCGCAAGAAGCUGAGGUCAAGCGCAUCAACAAGGAGCUUGCCAACAUUCGCUCCAAAUUCGGUGACAAAAAAUCUCUCAACGGCUACCAGAAGAAGAAGUAUGUGUGCAAGCUGCUGUUCAUCUUCCUGCUCGGCCACGAGAUCGAGUUUGGUCACAUGGAGGCCGUCAACCUCCUCUCCUCGCUCCAGUUUUCGGAGAAGCAGAUGGGCUACCUCUUUGCUUCAGUCAUGAUGAACGAGCACCACGAGCUCAUGCGCCUGGUCAUUACCGCCAUCAAGACGGACUUGACUGAUCGCAACGAGCUCAACGUCGCUCUGGCUCUCCACUGCAUCAGCAACAUUGGUGGCAAGGAAACCGCCGCCGCUGUUCACGGCGAGGUCACGCGCCUCCUGGUAGCGCAUGAAUCGCCCAAAAGCGUCCAGAAGAAGGCUGCUCUGGCCGCCUUGCGCCUCUAUCGCGAAGCCCCAGAACACAUGGCCCUGGACAAGGCCUCGCGCCAAAUUGUUCAGCUUCUCACCAGCUCCGACUAUGGUGUCGUCAUGUCCGUUGCUAGCCUCAUCAUCUCCGUUGCCGCCGAUCAUCCCGAGGACUUUGCCGAGUGUGUGCCCUUGGCCAUCAACACUCUGCAUCGGAUCGUCUUUCAGCCGGACCAGUCCAAAAAGUAUGCCUAUCACGGCGUCAAUGCCCCGUGGCUUUCGGUCAAGCUCCUUCGUUUGCUUCAGCUCUUCCCCUUUCCUGCUGAUACCGCCGUGGCUGAGCGGCUGGUGGAGACGCUCCGCCGCAUCCUUCAGUCCGAAGCUCGCACGCCCGGGCGCAAGCCCCGUGCCCAGUUCCUCAAUUCGAAGAACGCAUCCUUGAUCGAAGCCAUCAACCUCAUUGCCGUGCACGACAACGAGCCUGAGCUGCAGAUCCGCGCGUGCGGCAUCCUGGGCAACAUGCUCUCUUCGGACGAAGUGAACAGCCGUUUCCUUGCCCUCGAGGCUUUGACGGUCAUGGCCCAAACAGAGUUUAGCCACGAUGCCGUGAAGAAGCAUCAAAGCGCCGUUUUGCGAGCGCUCCAGACGGAAAAGGAUUACAGCGUUCAGCGUCGGGCGGCCGACCUCCUCUACGCACUUUGCGACCAAGAAUCAGUGGAGAUGAUCGUUGAUCAGCUGCUCGACUUUUUGAAGCGUGCUGCGUAUGCUGUCCGCGAAGAACUCGUGAUCAAGAUUGCCAUUCUGGCGGAAAAGUAUGCCCCCAUCUACUCUUGGUAUGUCGACGUCAUGCUCCGACUCAUCAAGCAGACAGGCGACUACGUGCCCCAACAAGUUCUCUACCGUGUUGUUCAGGUCAUCAUCAAUCGUCAGGAUGUGCAGGAUUAUGCUGCCAAGACCUGCUACGAGGCUCUGUUGGACCCAGCAGCACACGAAGCCAUGGUGAACAUUGGUGGUUAUGUUUUGGGCGAGUUUGGCCAUCUCAUUGCCAACGACCCCAACUCCACCCCAACCAAGCAGCUGGAUGUGUUGCAGAUGCAUUACCCCAUGAUGUCCGCCUCCACUCGUGGCCUUCUCCUGUCCACCUACGCCAAACUGGCCAACCUCUUCCCCGAGCUCCGCACAACCGUGCUCAAUCUCUUGCAGAGCGAGAACCUGUUGCGCAACUCAAACAACGAGCUGCAGCAGCGCGCCAACGAAUACGUCCAACUUCUCAGCUCGGGCAACGCUGAGCUUGUCCCCUCGGUGUUUGAGGAGAUGCCCCCCUUUAAUGAAGAGCAGUGCGCCAUGCUCCAAAAGCUGGAGGACAAAUCUGCUGCUUCAGCCAUGGACACCAAGACGGGCUCCAUUGCCGUGGCACGCAAGCGCAAACAAGCCGCUCCCCUGGCUGCUGUCACUGCCGCUGGCCAUACGGGCGUGAGCGGUGCCUCUUCCGUAGCUACCGUCGGCAACGAACAAUUUUUGCCAAAGUUCAUUCUUCAGGACGAUGGUGUCUUGUACGAGAAUCCCGUGCUGCAGAUUGGUGUCAAGUCCGAGUUCACCGCCUCAGUUGGCCGCUUGAUUGUCUUCUAUGGCAACCGGGGAGAGGCGCCCAUGACCAACGUGUCGGCCCGUGCCUAUUGCGUGGGCAACAUGCAGGCGCUCAAGCUAGAGCUGGCGCCUCUGGAGUCCACGAUCGCGGCUGGUGUUCAGAUGCAGCAGCAGUUGCAAGUGGAGUGUGCUGGGUGCUUUACCGAACCUCCAGUGUUGGAGGUGACGCUCACGUACCAGAGCCGACCCGUUGUGCUCAGCCUCAAGCUCCCCAUCUUCCUCAACAAGUUUAUGAGUGGACUUCCCAGCCCGAUGACGGCUGACACUUUCUUCCAAAAGUGGAACCAGUUGGGUGGCCCGCCCCGUGAAACACAGCAGAUCCUCAAGGCCAAGGAGCCCGUCAACGCUGAUGCAAUGAAGAGCAAGAUCUCGCAGUUCAAGCUUCAAACCUUGCCAGGCAUUGACCCCAAACCGUUGAACUGUGUGGCCGCCGGCAUCCUGCAUGUCACGUCGGCGCAGGUGGGCGUGCUCCUGCGCGCUGAACCGAGCAUGGAUGCACAGAUGUAUCGCUUCACAAUGCGGACUUCGAGUGAGGCUGUGACAGCGGCCCUGUCUGGCUUGCUCUUUGGUCAAUUUUAAUUUUCGCGCCACUUUUUGCUCAGCGCAAGACGGCUUGUCGCAUCGCUACUUUGUGUAUGCUGGCUGAUGCCACACACCUCUGCCCGUCCCCUUGUCCAUGCGUGAUCUUCAUCUUGCAGCAUGAAAUUUACGUCUUUUUUUG